AUGGCGGAUCCAAUAGCUGCCGAGAUCGUGGUGGAGCAGGAUGACCCCCCCUUUUCGACGCCAAAGAGACCAAGUCAAGUGGUGAGGCAAAGUCCGAGACACCGCCCGACAACUCGAAGAUACCGCCAAAGAAACGCGAAAAACCACCCGGCAGAUGACGCGAAGUGUACCGACCGAAGAACAGACCGAUCGAACGACCGACGUCCGAAGACUAGCAGCAGCGGCAACAGCAGCAGCGAUGGAAGGGCAAUGCUGCAGAAGGCGCUGGAUCUCCUGGCGGAGUCGCGCAGGGAGACUAAAAGAUUGCAGGAAGCGCUGAGAGAACAGAUGGAAAUGACCAAGGAACUGCAGGAAACUGUUGCAAAGCAGGGAGAGACGAUGGACGAGAUGAAAGAACAGAUGACCGAAGAACUACAGCGGGUCCGCGAACAGCUCGAAACUAUUGCGACGAGCACAACAGACGGACCACAACGAUCAUACGCUGACGUCACACGAUCCUCGACAUCCAUGCCUUUGACCGAUCCCAGAACCGCGACCUUGACCAUUCCUCAGAUCCCUAUGGACACGCUCUACUGCACGAUUGACACUUCGCGAAUAGAAGAUGAGAAUGCCAGGCCCUCCGCAGGGUCGGUGAGAGCGACAGUGGAGAGCGAAGCUCGCACUGAACUGGAUAAUCCCACAUGGCGAUGUAGGGCCGUAACGAAGGACCCAAAGAACUCCCACCGGCGAAUUCCGGCUAUACUCAAAUAUGCCGACUCCGACACGCCACUACUGGUACAUCCCCAUGGACUACAAUAUGCACUGGUACUCUUGCUGGCCUGCAAAAAGCGUUCAUUUGCGCGCGGCCUGUGCUGGCACCUAGACAGACCCAACCUUCGAAGAUUAGGCUUCCCCAGCUUGUCGUGGGCCGGGUGGAUAGGGCCUCUAGCGUUAUACGGCUGGGACUUUCUGUCCGACUUUGGCGACGCCGAGGUCAGAAUCUGGCUUCAAAAUGACGGCGGAACGGAGGAGAGGCUGGAUGAGGAGGCUGUCGCCAAGAUCGGCAAUUGUGGACAGGUGGACAGCGGAUACACCCCGGUUCUUCGUGUAGAGGCGUGGGUGGCUCACUUGAGCCUUACGUAUUUCGCCGACGACCUGAGCAGCACCAAAGCGCAUUGGCAGGAAAGAAACCCUGAUCCACAGUACUUCAUCACCGCUCAGACACCUGCGGCUCCCUAG